GGAAUGUGUCAUUUAGUAAAGCCAAGCACAGAGAGAUACCUGGAUACCUUUUCUGUGUGUGCCUCUCCACUACAGAGCUGACCAAGGCAUACAGCGACUGGGAUUUACUUUGUCUGCAGUGACAGAAGACUCUGUAACUCACCUGGACAGCAUACACACACACACACUUUUGAGCUGCCUUUUUGACUUUUUUUAUCAGAGUAGUGUGAGCUCAGAGGUAGACGUCCUGCUGUUUUUGCCCGGUGGAAGUGAUGUCGUGGGACUGUGGCCUGAAGUACAUGUUCUCCGUGUCCCCUGUGCUGCAGCCGGGGAGCAUGUGUUUCCUGCAUGACAAGGAGGAUCUGUCCCGACUGGAGAUGGUCCAGAGACUGGCCAAGGAUGGCUGCCGCUUCCUGCAGAACCACAGCAAGGGCCCAGAGAGGACAAGCGAGCCCCAGUGUGACGAGGCAGUCCGCGUGUGUCUGAGGGAGAGGGGCCACGAUGUGCUGGUUCUCCAGAGAAUAUCGUCAGAGCAGCCAGCCCUCUCUGCAUCGGCGAGGGGAGGAGGGAGAGAAGAGGCGAGGUACAGGAGGUACGUGGUGGUAUCAGGGACCCCAGAGAAGAUCCUGGAGCACUUGCUGAAUGACCUGACACUGGAUGACGACCAGGGGACAACACAGGGCAAAGAGUCAGAUACACUUCUGGAUGAUUUUCUUCUGACUUACCCAGUGUUCAUGUCAACCAGUGAUUUAUGUCAAGCUCUGCUGGGACACUAUUGCACCAAGCGACAAAGAGGGAAAGAGGACAGGAAGGAGGCGCUGGAGAGGAAACAGAAAGUCCUGCACCUGGUGUCCCAGUGGAUGGCCCUCUGCAGAGACUUCCUGAGGGACGACGAGCAUGUCAAACUGUUCAUGAAGACUUUGUAUCAUUACGUGUUGGACGAUCUCUAUGAGCACCCGUCGCUGGAGAAGGAUGUGAGGGAACUGCAGAAACUGUACCAGCUGCAUCGCAGACAUACGGUGGAGGACUAUUCCCCUCAAAGAAAGAGCAAAGCACUUUUCCACCAAUUGAGCCUGAAAGAGAACGGGCUCCAGUCCAGAGGCACGCAGAGGGAGACCAAGGAAGUGCUGUGUCACGUGUAUAUUACCAUGGACUCCUUCCUAAGUAUGAGGACGCAGGCUGGGGUCGUGGCCCAGGAGCUGCUGCAGGCAGUGGCAGAAAGGAUGGAUGUCCCACUUGCGGAACUGGUGCUAGUGGCUGUUACUUACAAUGGAGGGAGGCUCCUCCUGCAGCCUCAGGACAGAGUCUUCUCUGAUUCUUUACGGCCGGUUGGGAGGCUGCAUGUGUGCAGGAAGGACCUGGGUGAAGUCCUGAACCCGUUCACAGACAACUCAGAGCUGCAACAGAGGACGGCUCGCAUGCUCAGUUUAAACACAUGGGACGUGGCCGUCGCUCUCACCAACUUUGACUGGACCAUCUUUGACUCAAUACACGAGCAAGAACUCGUCUAUUUCACCUUCAGCCGCCACAGCAGCAGCAGCCACACUGUGGCGUUAGAGCUGCUGCUGCAGCGCUGCAAUGAAGUCCAGCUGUGGGUGAUGACCGAGGUGCUGCUGUGCCCAACGCUCUGCAAUAGAGUCCAACUCAUCAAGAAGUUCAUCAAGAUUGCUGCCCACUGUAAAGCACAGAGGAACCUCAACUGUUUAUUUGCCAUUAUAAUGGGCCUGAACACUGCAGCUGUUAGCCGCCUCAGUCAGACAUGGGAGAAAAUUCCUGGGAAAUUCAAAAAGCUGUUUUCAGAACUGGAGACAAUUACAGAUCCCUCGCUGAACCACAAGGCCUACAGGGACUCCUUCAAGAAGAUGAAGGCGCCAAAGAUCCCCUUCCCUCCUCUGCUACUGAAAGAUAUUACGUUCAUUCAUGAAGGCAACAAGACGUUUCAUGAUAACCUGGUGAAUUUUGAAAAGCUGCACAUGUUAGCGGACACAGUGCGUCUCAUCCGGCAGUGUCAGAAAGAUCACAUGGGUAAUGGGAUCACCCAGAAGAGCAGCUCGGAAGUGCGAGCCUACAUUGAUUACCUGCAUAUCAUCGAUAAUCAGCAGACUCUGUUUGAACUGUCACACAGGCUGGAGCCUCGUGCUUAGAGGAGCAGCUCUUACUGCACUUACUGCUGUGUCAGCCACACUGUCCGAUUACCAAGGAACAAUUUAUCGCUGUCUCAUCUAUCUCUCAGGACUCAGUCAGCAAUCAGAGGACGCUGCAGGAUCCUGGCCGACCACAGGAGGGAGCCGCUCAAUCAGGAAAGUCUCUCCAGAAACGGGAAUAAGCAGAAAAAAAGGUUAAAUGCAUAAAUAUUUGCAUACAUCCACAAUAGUUUCACUGAUCCAGAACACCUGAAAGCAGGCGAAGCUGCAGUGUCUCCAUCUUUUUCUGCCCGGUGGCAAGAGAAAAUAUGUAUGUCUAGAUCUGCGGGUCCAAACCUGCUGCUGCUAUUACUUUAUGUUCUUACAGACGGCAGUGACGCAACAGCUCCCCCUUGUGGAGAAUCAGCAGCCUGCAAUAAGAGCUUGUUGGCAGAUGGCAGUGCUUCCCACCUAAUAAAAAAGAAACACAGAAAAUGAAUGUGCAAACAAACAAAGUGUUGAGCAUGGAAGUUCAUUCCUGACCUUGACAACAGUAUGUUUGACUAAAAGGUCCACUUACUAGCCUUUCCAGAACACAUCUCAUGAAGUGAUUGAGGUGCAGAUUAACUCACGCUGCUGCACAUCUUUUUCUAUUUUCAGUGUUUAAAGAUCUGGCAGCAGCGGGUUGUUUCAUCAGAGUUAACCAAAGAGUAUUUCAGUCCUAUAUUGUACAGACACACUUUCUUCAGAGUUCGACAGGAUCCAGAUGCAGGACAAGCUGUCACUAAUGAAUCAGUACACUGUAUGCACAACAAGCUGAAUCAACAUGACAAAAAGAAAUGGAAAUGAUUGUUAAAUAUUUAACAUUUUUCAUAUAUUAUUUUCAUUAUCUAUUUUUACAUUGCAGAAUUAUCUUACCGUAUGUUUUCUAUUGUUUAACCAUAAAGAGUAUUAAAUGAGGCAAUUCAGAUGGUAUUAGAGCAGGGAAUUAGAUAAGAAUACACAGUAUAUCGUAUUUCUUUGACGCGUGGGAAAAGCUGUGUGUCCUGUCUGAGUUAUGAUCACGUAUGUUAGUGCCAAAUACCAUGAAAACGCCCAUUCACGUAAUGCUAUUUUAUCAUCCUUUUAAAAGCAGAAGGAUCUACCAAGUUGAGCUGUGGACAAUCAGUUAAAUGAAGCAGCAGACCCAUACUGAUACAUCUCUGUACUGGUCUUUAAAGUUCAGGUUAAAUCACAAUACGGUGCAUUUUGCCACCCAGAUAGUGUUCGAUUUGUUGAGGUUUGGGGAUAUCAGCUUGAGCUGUGUGGUACCACACAUUAGCAUUUAAAAACUCAAGACAUGGUGACUCACAACAGCCCACGAUAACCCGUUUUCUGCUUAAAUCAAAUGCUACAGAGCUACGGCUUAAUACAAUGUCGAGUCGAGGAAAAAUAAGUUCCAUUGUGUUUUUUGGGUGAACUGUCAGUCAAGUAAAGAGCAAUAGCAUAAGAAAUACUACAGCACCUUCAAGACAAAAAAAAAAGUAGAGAAAGAAAAAUAGAAGCCAUUUGCUAACGUACAGGGUGUAGUAACACUAAUGUGUAGUUAUAGAAGACACUGUACGGUAUUUAUUCUCUAGAUUGGUCACCUGAAAAUUCUCACUUUCGCCAGUUAGGCCAUAGUGAAGUGUUGUAGAUGGAAUUUUGCGUUAUAUUCUGAAAAUGUAUUUGUAUAUUUUGGAUAUUAAAGGCCACAGUGAACAUGGAGAGGAAAAUGCUUUAGCAGCAUCUAUUUUAUUUUGAAUUGAAUUUGUAUCCCUAUUAGUUGAUUCUAUUUAUACU